AUGGAACCCGUGAAAACGUCACCGAGACACCAGGAGCAGCAGGCUGAAAGCCAGCUUAGCGGGGAGCAAGCAGUUCAGGAGUCUCAGCACGGGGCAGCAGGUGGGUCCUCGGCAAGAGCUCCUGCUUCAGCGCAGCGGGAGCAGCAGCGGGAGCAGCAGCAGGAGCAGCAGCGGGAGCAGGCUGCCGAGACACGGUUGUGGGAACUCGCAGCCUGCUCCGCCAGUUAUCACCCCCGUAUUGCCUCAGCUGCAGCCAGUUUAGUUGCUGCAUACUGCAGCAACAAGCGCAGUAGCAACAACAACAGCAGUACAUCGCCUGGCCCCGCUGCAAUCGAUGAGGCUGCCGUGGUGGAGACAUUGCGUGGUGUAACGAGUAGCCGCCUCUUUGAUGACUUAGCCUACAAGGCUCCACAAAAGCAGCAGCAAAUGCAAAAACAACAAAACCAGCAACAGCAUCAGCAACCGGUCCAGCAAAGCGUGUCUCUUAACUCUACCCGAUAUUGGCAGAAGCACGAUGCCGAGCCGGAGAGGCAAUUCAUUCGCCAGUACUUCCUUGACCAAGUCGUUGCUGCUGGGCAGAUACAGCAGAAAGCAGGCAGAGCUGCUCCUGCGGGCAGAGAUGCUGAGAGAGGCAGUGAUGCCGAAGGUUCAGAUGAAGAAGACUUCGAGGGGGACGACGCCUUCAGCGAUGAAGAAGUAGGACUCUGCUAUACAGCUGUUGCUUCCCCCGAAGCAGCGCGCAGUGCAUUGAUGACGCAUAAUAUAUGCAUGUACAUGUUGUUCCUUGUGGACGCUUUCUUGGCGAAGCAGGCUGAGCAGCUUGGGGGAGGCGCCAGCGAAGACGAGGAUGAGCCAGAAUCAGAUAGAGAGAGCAGCGAUGGAGAGACCGAUGCCGCUGAGGGUGCUCUUGGCGAUGAAUGGUCUGAUGCAGAGGAGACAGAGGAAAUGGAAGGAGGGCAGACUGAUGAAGAAGAUGAGGCCGAGUUCAUGGACACACUUUCUGCAUCAAGGGACGACAAUGGGAGCAGCGAGGAGGAGGAGAACAGGAGUAACAGAAAGAAGAGGAAGGGUCGAGGUGACGUGGACACUAAAUUAAGUUCCCUCAAGAAACAGCUGCAGCGACGCGCAAUACCUGGCAGUGCCUUCGCAGACGCGGAAGGGCUUGAGGAAUUGCUGGACUAA